AUGACCCCACGAGGCGGCAAACCGCAGCAGAUCCUCUUUGUGGACGGCCCCUCGCUGGGCCGAGGAGGUGACGCUAAAUCCCGCAGCACACGGUCAGCUCUGAUCCGCCACCGGAUCUCAGAGAAACGCAGUACAUACCGGCAGGAGGAGGAGGCCAAGAGAGAGCAAUUGAUUGCUCAACGUCCGACGCGGGACAGGCACUUAGAGGCUCAAGGCUGUACGUGCCCUGGAACGGUCAGGGACCAGGACCUGGCCCAGGGAUCCUCCGAGCCUCAGACUACAGGGACCAGAACUAGCGUAAUAGUACCUCAAAGUCAAACUCAGACCCGAAACUCAAAUAGCGAUGGGACUCUCUUCCGCAUCUGCGCGACAUGUGGAGGGGUGUGUGUGUCCAACCAGACGCAAGGCAGCACCUCGGGCCUGUCUCUGAGGCUUGUCUCUGGCAGGGUAGACCCCUUUUCUCCGGUGGAUGCCAAUGUUGGGCCAAGCGUAGACGAUAUCCUUCACCAUGCGUUCAUGAAUCUCUGGCCCAACUUCCGCCGCGCCGAUUACGCCGGGAGAUGCUACCAAUCGCGGCUGGCCCCAAACUGGGAAAGCAAUAUCUUGAUCUAUACCACCCUGUGGGCCGCCUCGUGCCAUCGAGACGUCCUGCGCAUCAGCUACGGCUUUAAUCCGGUGCUGGACACUCGGGAUCAGCUGUACUACAAGGGCCGGCUUCUGCGGCUGCUGCGCGAGCAUGUGGUUGACUAUACCAACGAAGAAUGGCGAGACGGAGUCAUCCUGGCCAUCUUGCAUCUGGCCGUCAACGAGACCACAAGACGAGACCUCAGCCGCGAUCCAAGCCCGUUCACGCCCCCGUUUGUGGACAUGCAGUCGCUGUCGUUCUAUGGCAGUCGGGACUAUCACUCCAUGCAUUGGAAUGUCAUUUGUCAUCUGUUGCGCCAGCUGGGUGGGAUCCAGUCGAUCAAGCUGUUCGCUCUGGGCUGGUUGAUCACAAUCGCGGAUCUAAUGAAGGCGGCCCACGCUCUGACCAAACCACUUUUCCCUCGGGUCGAUGUGGAAGGCAACGAGAUCAACCUGCCGUCUCCUCUGAGUGCCUUUCCCCUCCCGGACGACCCAGCCACGAUGGGGAAACUCGGGUUCAGGGAAUUGCUCUCCUCCUGCCCACCGGUGCAAGGGCCCAUCGUGGACGUCUUCCUGCACCUCAGCGAAUACUCCACCCUGGUCCAAUGGUACUACAAUCGCCACCUCGAUCCGUCGGACUGCGACCGUUUCGCCGACGUCCGCAACCAAGUCCACCACGCCAUCUUCAGCCUGCCCGACGAGCAUGACCCCGUCGAAUCCGUUCUCGAUAUGUGCCACGUAUCACCAGAUGACUUCUCCGUCUCCCAUGGGCUGUACCUGACCUGCCGACUGGCAGCGAACCUGUACGCCACGCACGUUACCUUUCCCCUCCCGCGCUCGGCCCUGAUCCGAGCCAUGAUCCUCCCGCUGCUCGCCAGCAAACUCGACCAAAUGACGCAGGUCCUGUGCAGUCCGUUGCUUCUCUGGUGCGCUACCGUGGCGGCCAUCGCGGCGGAAGGGAUGCCAGAACACCCUCGGCUAGCUGAACAUGUUGGAACCCUCUGUCGGGGGUUGAAUGUCACGUCGUAUCCACAUUUGGUCGGGAUUUUAGAAACAUUCGCGUGGGUGGACGUCGCAUGCUCGGAGGGAUGUCGUCGACUGUGGGAGAGACUGGCAGUGCAGUUUUCGGGGGGGAUGUCUGGAGUUAUACUGGGCCCUUUACAGUAG